CUCUACUGUCAGCAGUGCAUCCUCGGCAGCAAGGGAGGUAGUGCUCGAGUGUUUGUGUAGUGCGUGUGUUGUUGUUGUUGUUGUUGUGUGACAAAGAAGCUCACCCAUGAUGCAGAGUGGCCUGUUGCUGCUGGCCCUGGUGGCCGGAGCGUUGUCCGCCCCUGUGGACGUGCCGAGCCCUGCCAAAUGCAAAGACGCCGUGGUGAUGGGGGCGGCCGAACAGGCCCUGGCCAAGAUCAACGCAGACCGCAAGGAGGGCUACACCUUCGCACUCAACAGCGUGGCCAACGCUCACAUGAUGGAGCACGGAGCCAAUGGCAUUGUCUUUUAUCUGACCCUGGAUGUAGAAGAGACCCAGUGCCACGUGCUCAGCAAGAAGAGCCCCAAGGACUGUCCCGUCAGAGAGGACUCCGAUGUCCCUAUGUAUGGCCAGUGCAAAGCUGCUAUUUUCAUGAACAGACCUGCGAGGGUGGUUCGUCUCUACAAAUACUCCUGCACCAUCAGGCCAGUUCCAGCCCCCAAAAUAGCUGAGAUAUGCCCUGACUGCCCUACUGAAACCGACCUCAACGGCGAAGAGAUCUUGAAGACCAUGAACAUGGGCAUGGAGAAGUUCAACAAGGAGGGUGGACUGUCCAACUUCUUUGUUCCCAUGAACGUAACCAAGGCAACCUACUCGUCUGGCAUGGCCACAUUCUACAAUGUUGAGUUCACCAUCCAAGAGACAUCCUGCGCCAACACCACUGACCUGGCAGACAUUGCCAAGUGUGAGGUCAUGACCUGCGAAUUCGCUCACAAGGGACUGUGCAAAGCCUCCCACAGCCAUGCCCCAACUGGCGAUGAGGAUAUCACUGUCGAAUGUGAGAUCUUUGAACCAGAGGCUGCCGACAACGAGAAAGUGAAACACCAGCAGGGGGCCGAACUUGACCACAGCCACACCGCCUCCAUGACCGACCGCAGUCUGAACCACGACCACGAGCACGACCACACGGCCCCACACAAGCACUCGCACUCGCACGUCGGCCACACCCACGAGCACAGCCACGGCCCCGGCCUCACCCACACCCACGAGCACAGCCACGGCCACGGCCACGAUCACGCCCACGACGGACACGAGGAAGGCCACUCCCACCACCACACGCACGAGCACGGCCAGGGCCACGGGCACGCCCACUCGCACGACCACGCACACGACCACGACCAUGUGCACGCCCACCACGUGAAGGCCCACGACCACAGCCAGGACAAGGGGUCCAACGUGCACCACAAGUACGCACACGGGCACGAGGAGACACAUGACCAUGACCACGAGCUGGCCCUCGACCACGAGCACAAGCACCAGCACCUGCACGAGCAUGAGCACCACCAUCACCACCACGACCAUGACCAUGACCACAAGGUGGCCUACAAGCCUCAGGGGAUGGUCAUCACCGUGGCCUCCAUGGACAAGCCCAUGAUCAUGCCUUCCUUCCCCGACCAGCCCGCUGGAGAGACCCCCACCACCCUGGAGCUGCGUCCCGACCCAGACAUCCCCGGUGAGAGGGAGCCCGUGAUCAAGCCCUACCCCACCACGCGCUCUGCAGAGUGCCCCCUCGAGAUCAAGGACGCCAGGCUGGUCAACCAGAUGUUUACCCAGGAUCCUCUGUUUAAACUCGCAUGAGUUGAAUCAUGUACAUCUAUUUUAAGGGAAUAAUAAUAAUGGACUAUCGUGUCUAUAGGCUGCAAGUGUACUGUACCAAGUGAUGAAAGUGUGUUGUGAAAUAAAGUUGGGUUGAAGAAUGCUUCA